AGCCAGGGACAACAACGUCACAUUAGAAAGGUGAUGGGUUUUAUGACAGACAUCAUGUUACUGAGUCUCCUCUUUAUUCCAAGCACUUUGGCUGCUUGUCCUGAUCCUACAAACCUGUUCAUCACUGCACCAACAGAGAUGGAAGCUCUAAGUGGAUCUUGUUUACAAAUCCCAUGUAACUUUAGUGAGACUGGACCAGAAAAGUUUGACAGCACAAGAUCUGUCUUUGGAGUGUGGAUUAAAAAUCAUUCCAAUGUUUUUACAUAUCCAAACAAUGAGAUCUUCAACAGCAGUGGGACAGUUAACAUCUAUCCAAUGAAUAUUACAGGAAACCUGAAGGAGAAAAACUGCACCACUCUGUUUUCCAAUUUAACCACAGCUUAUACAAACACAUACUACUUCAGAAUUAUGAACUGGCCCUACAGAGCGACAGCUAUUUGUGAUCCUCUUCAAAUAACAAUUAGAGAUUUUCCUUGGAGGCCCAAUAUUACAAUCUCAGGUGAUCUGAAGGAGAAGGAGUCUGUCACUAUAACCUGCUCAGCUCUCACUCCCUGUCCACACUCCCCUCCUCAACUCACCUGGAAUCUCACACAAGACUCUCACAACAGAACAGAGGAAAAUGCAGAUGGAAACUUUACAACUAAAAUCCAGCAGACCAUCACUCUGUCAGACACACAUGAUAGAAAGAAGAUCAGCUGCUCUGCCAGAUAUCCUGUGAACCAAGGAAAAGACACCAAGACAGCAGAGACAGAAGAGACUCUCAGUGUUUCAUAUGCUCCUAAAAACACCUCAGCAUCCAUCAGUCCAUCAGGUUUGGUGUCAGCAGGCAGCUGGGUGAAGCUGACCUGCACCAGCAGAGCCAAACCUCCAGUCAGCAGCUUCACCUGGUUCAAGAAGAGCAGAGAUGGAGCUGUGAAAGUAUCUGAAGGAGAGAUUUACAGCUUCAAUGUAACAGAUGAAGGAGCUUAUUACUGUGUGGCCACUAAUGAUCUGGGUAAUCAGACAUCAGCGGAGAUUCAUGUGACUGUUGCAGGUAAAGACAAAGGCACAUCAGGAAGAUCAUCAGGAGUCACAUUGCCUCAACUUAUUGGCAUAAUCAUUGGGAUCAUUGUAUUCUUAAUCUUACUCUGCUUGAUUAUCUUUGUUUGGUAAGUAUUACAUGCAAAAUUUGACAGGGGCUGGAUCCUAUUCCAGUUUCCAGUUUGUCAGAGAGCUAACACAGAGCAACAGACAACC